AUGAGUGCUGUAGUUGUCAAGGAGUACCCUGGAUUUUUCGCGGACGUGGAAACACGCUGUCAAGCCUGGCACUACUGCGACAUUGACGGCCGACAGGCAACAUUUUUGUGUCCCAAUGGGACUCAAUUCAGUCAAGCAGUGCUGGUCUGCGACUGGUGGUUCAACGUCAGGUGCGAGCUGAGUCCCAAAUUGUACGCAAUUAACGGGAGACUCUACCAGAGGCCCACUGAAAGUCCCACGCGGCCUCAUCGAGUCAUCACCAAGGAGCUUUUGGAGAACAUAUUCGCCAAGAAGUGA